AUGGGGCAAGUAUAAAACACUGAGCUUAAAAUAGAGACACCUGUAGAAAAAUUUGAAGAAAUUUGUAAGGACUACUUCUAAAAGCAUAAGAAGAAUAUGAUAUUUAGUUAAGAUGAUUUAAUAUCGAUUUACAAUGAGCUUAAAUCGUAGGGGAUAUACUUAACAUCCUACAUUUCACAAGGUAGUUUUGGAUGUGUUUUUGAGGCUAAGUAGAAUAAAGAAAUUGUAGCUGUCAAAUGUAGCAAAGUUGACUUAGAAAAAAUCAAAGAAGAAGAAAAAAUACUGAAAUUAUUAAAGGAAGCUCCUUAUGCUUUUAAACCUAUCAAAGAGUGUAUAAAUGAAUAAAACUCGAGAUACUAUCAGUUUUCUAAAAGAUAUUAAUGCAGUCUUAAAGAUAUUAUGAAAAGCUUCUUUGAUUAGAAAAAAACUUUAUCACUCAACUAAAUAAUUGGUCUUGCUAUUCAGAUGUCAUCAGUGUUUGAAAUAAUUUAAUAAAAUAAUUUGAUUCAUUCUGAUGUUAAACCAGACAAUAUCCUUUACGAUAGCUAAGAAAAAUGUUUUAAUCUAUGUGAUUACGGAGAAUCUAAAUCAUUUAAAGAUGGAUCAAAAACUUAUGAUCUCAAAGGACAUACACCAAAGUAUGCAGCUCCAGAAAUCACAGAUACAAAAAAUGGUUCCUUCAAUAUCAAAUAUGAUAUUUAUGGUUUAGGAGUAAUUCUUCUUGAAUUAACCCUUGGAAAGUUUCUCGAGUAUAAAGAUUGUAAAUCUAUCAGAAAUGGAGAACUAUAAAAAUAUAUAAGCAAAAAUGUUUUAUAUUAAGAUAUUAACUAUAUCAUAGUUAAAAUGCUUGAUUAAAUAUCUUAGAAUAGAAUCGAUUCAUUUGAGCUAACUAAACAAUUAAAUGAAUUAAGACUAAAACUAGAAAAUUAGUUCAUUUGUGCAGUAGAGAACAAAUUGGAUUUUACUGAAUCUAAUUUGAUGAUUGCAAAAUUCAGACAAUCUUUUGUUAAAUUUAACUAUACAUGCAAACAAAGUGAAGUCAGAUUAGAUGAGUAUAAAUUUAAGGAUUACAGAAAUCUCUCUAAAAUAAAAGAAUGUAUAGCAAAGAGGAUUGUUCAUCACUUAGAUCUUGAUUUCGAGGAAAAUGAGCUUGGUGCAGAUGGAGCUAAGAACAUUGGAAUGAGCUUGGAGAAGUGCCAAAACAUAACAUCUUUGAAUCUGGAUCUCUAGUAUAAUAAGCUUGGUGCAGAUGGAGCUAAGAACAUUGGAAUGAGCUUGGAGAAGUGCCAAAAUAUAACAUCUUUGAAUCUCAAUCUAGCGGGUAAUGGCCUUGGUGCAGAUGGAGCUAAGAACAUUGGAAUGAGCUUGGAGAAGUGCCAAAAUAUAACAUCUUUGAAUCUCAUUCUAUGGUAUAAUUAGGUUGAUGCAGAUGGAGCUAAGAACAUUGGAAUGAGCUUGGAGAAGUGCCAAAAUAUAACAUCUUUGAAUCUCAAUCUAUGGUAAUUUAACUAACUAUCAAUUUAUUUAGUUUGUUUUAAUUAAUACAUUUGUGAAAUUGAAACUUAAAACAAAUGGGUUUGGAGAAUUAAUUGA